AUGGUCUCUUCCACCCCCUCGGUCCUCUUCGUGUGGUCGCGAAUAGACCACUACCCUCGGUUUGGCCACGAGCAGCUCCCUGCUCCGACGUUGGCCGGCCGCACAGGCUUAACGUUUGAACCAAACCCUAUAUUUUUUGGAGAGACUUUGACUGUGACGUGUGGCCCACCACCAAAUGAGCUAGACUUUCGUAUCACUUCAUCAGAGUGGAGACUUGAUGGUGUGGUAAUAAAUGAAGAUAAUCAACACAGCUUUUCACGAGAAAAUGGAGUCGAAAGACUUACCAUCAGAAAUUACUUUUUCACUGAUGAUGGACUCUAUGAAUGUAGGCUCUUUGAUGGAGAAUCGGUUUACCAGAGUACUGUUGAACCUUUCUUUCUUCGGGAAACACCCAGAAUCAAUGUAGUUCCCCUCCAGAGCGAUCUCAUAUGUGAAGUUGGGCAGCAAGUGUCGGUCCAGUGCUCUGUCCAAGCUCCCUACGAGGUGGUGUUUAGAGGACUCCAAGGAGAAGCUGUGGUUGAUCAAACAAUCCAAGGAGAGACGACAAUAACACAGACAGACUGUGAUAACCAAGGAUUAAAUAUAACUUGUGAAGUGAAUGAUUUCCCUCGUUUCAGAAGAAAUACAACAUUUUUUUUGUUCACAGCUGCUAAUUUCAUAUGCCUUGAUGAUCCAGAAUUUGGAAAUGGAUUUUUAAAUGAUGUUGGUAGAGCUUCUUGUGAACCAGAUGAGGUGGGAGAAAAAAAUGCUAUUUGCCGAGAAAGUGGCGAAUGGGAAGAUCGGGAUGACAACUGCACCCUUCAGAUCAUUGCGGAACUACUGUUUCAAUCUCAGUUUUUGAAUGAAACGUUUUUGCCAGAGUUUCUGGAAGAACUGAGUAAUGCCACUACGACACUGAGUGAGCCAGUGACUGAAUCUCAAAACAACAUUGAAGCCAUCGUUAGAAUUCUUGACAAUGUAGCAACCUUUGUAACGACAUCAGAAAUUGAGAUAACUCAGGAGUCAAUGGAGGAUGUUCUUUUAACCACAAGUGUCCUUACCCAAGAUAGUGCAAUAGCAGCAUGGGACAUUCUUAACCGUGAAGCUGUCAUCGAAAUCCUUGGAGAAAGAACCCUCUCUCCUAGAAAUGAGAGUUUUAGCUCACUAUUGCUAUUUUCUCUUGAGGGUAUAACAAGUACACUGACCAACGCUUCUUUUACCAUCGAAACACCGUUGAUUCUCUUGAACAGAACUACAUUCAUAGACAGUUUCAAUGGGGAUUUUAAUUCUACAGUGGAGAUAGAAAUACAGGAGGCUAAUGGAGCAACAAACCUCACCGUAAUAACCUUUGAAUCCUUGGAUAAUGUACUCCCUCCAAGAGAUGAAAACAACGCUUCAGGCAGGGUCAUUAAUGGGAGAGUCGUACUUGUUCAGUCUGACUCCAACAUAGACAACAUCACAUUUAGCUUUGAAGUCAUAAAUGAGAAUCUGACAAGACCUCAGUGUGUGUUUUGGAACUUUACCCUCUUCGAAGGUCUUGGAGGAUGGGACGACGAAGGCUGCGAGCUGGUUGUAAGGGAGAAUGAUACGGUUACGUGUCAGUGUGACCAUUUGACCUCAUUUUCAAUACUAAUGUCACCUAAUGCAAUACAAAGCAUUGUGUUGGAUUUCAUAACAUACAUUGGGGUCGGCAUUUCCAUUUUGUCUUUAAUUAUAUGCCUAUGCAUUGAGGCUGCUAUCUGGAGAAAAGUUAUCAAGAGCAGAACAGCACACUUACGGCAUAUUUGCAUUGUUAACAUUGCAUUGUCCCUCCUCAUUGCAAACAUUUGGUUCAUUGUCGGUGCAGGUGUCUCUGCAGGAAAUAGAACCAAUCCAAGGGUAUGCACUGCUGUUACCUUUUUCAUCCAUCUCUUUUACUUAGCCCUCUUUUUUUGGAUGUUAAAUUAUGGCUUGUUGCUGUUUUAUUACACAGUCUUUGUCUUUGGAAGCCUUUCGAAAAGCACUUUGUUGGCUGUUGGAUUCUGUGUUGGCUAUGGGGCCCCACUGAUUAUCACAACGAUUACUAUAGCCGUAACUGCUCCGGUUAACGAAUAUAUUCAGGAAACUGCAGUAUGCUGGCUCAACUGGAAUAGGUCCAGAGCGCUGCUGGCAUUUGUGGUUCCGGCAUUGCUGAUUGUGGCUAUAAAUCUUAUCAUCCUAAUUGUAGUUAUAGCUAAACUACUGAGGAGUCGAGGAAGGGCAAGUACUGUGGAAGGGGAUGAGAAGAAUGUCAUUGGGGACCUUGCUCGGACAGUGGCUAUUCUAAUACCAUUUUUUGGAAUAACGUGGAGUCUUGGAGUGGGAACACUAGUUGACCCUGACAAUCUUGGACUACAUGCUACGUUUGCCCUCUUUAAUUCUCUACAGGGUUUCUUCAUAUUGGUUUUUGGAACGCUCUUGGACAGUAAGGUCCGGUCAGAAAUUUCGAAAGUCAUACCUCAAACCUCUGUCAGUGGGACAAGAACUACCAGUUCUGGAAACUCAAGUAGCUGGCAGUUUUGGAAGAAAAAAGGCAGUAACAACCACUCAUCUAACGUCACUGAUUCAUCUCGUGUUCCUAGCUCUUAAUGACCAGUCCUACAUCCCCGCUCAGAAUUUCCAAGAAAAAAAGCUUUGCCGAAUACUGUUUUAGUAUUCUAAGAUUAAGAGUCCUAAAGUUUUGACAGCUAAAAAUAAACAAAAACACAAAAAUGUUGUUGCUACUUUUUAAGGCUGUUUAGAAAUGUAGUUUGCUGAAUUUACUGUAUAUAUUUCUGCAAUCAUAGCAUAACUUUGGAGUAACUAAAACUGCUUGUAGUAUCUACAAAUGUUUUUUUUCUGUGUUUAUAAGUGGAACUUCCUACAUUUCUAUGUUUUUGUCACCUGUAAAUUGAAUAGGUAUGACACACUUCCACUCAUGUACUAGAGAAAGAAUAUACUUCUUUAUCAGUGUGUCUGUCCUGUUCUAAAAUGUAUAAUUUUCAUGGUAAUACAUGGAAUACAAAUAACUGUAAAGGUCUCAGAGAUCAUGAGUACUAAUACUAUUAAGCUGUGGGUUUGGUUUGUUGUUUUUCCCUUGGCCCUUGUUUGGUUCCAUCGCUAUUUCCCAA